GGCCUUUAGAGCGGGCGUCACCGCUGUGGUUCCUGAGCGUCAGGCGCGUUCUGGGUCCGAGUUAAGAAUCCUGGGGUCCGGAAAGCCCGAGCGGGAGCUAAUUGGUUGUUUUUCUGCUGAUCCCUUUUCAACAUGAAGGAGGAUCAAGUUGUGCAGGAGGAGUCAGGAUUCCAAGAUGAAGAGGAAUCUUUGUUUCAAGACAUUGACUUAUUACAGAAACAUGGAAUCAACGUGGCUGACAUUAAGAAACUGAAGGCAGUAGGAAUCUGUACUGUUAAAGGGAUACAGAUGACAACACGAAGAGCCCUCUGCAAUGUCAAGGGGCUCUCAGAAGCCAAGGUGGACAAGAUUAAAGAAGCAGCCAACAAGCUUAUUGAACCAGGAUUCCUGACUGCAUUUGAAUAUAGUGAAAAGAGGAAGAUGGUUUUCCAUAUUACCACUGGGAGCCAAGAAUUUGACAAGUUGCUAGGAGGUGGCAUUGAAAGCAUGGCAAUCACAGAAGCUUUUGGAGAAUUUCGUACUGGAAAAACUCAGCUCUCUCAUACCCUGUGUGUGACAGCUCAACUUCCAGGAGCAGGUGGCUACUCAGGAGGAAAGAUUAUCUUCAUUGACACAGAAAAUACCUUCCGUCCAGACCGCCUUCGGGACAUUGCUGACCGCUUCAAUGUUGACCAUGAUGCAGUACUGGACAAUGUACUUUAUGCACGUGCAUAUACUAGCGAACAUCAGAUGGAGCUACUUGAUUAUGUAGCAGCAAAGUUCCAUGAAGAAGCUGGCAUUUUCAAGCUACUGAUCAUUGAUUCAAUUAUGGCACUUUUUCGAGUGGAUUUCAGUGGUCGUGGGGAAUUGGCAGAACGGCAGCAAAAAUUGGCCCAGAUGUUGUCACGUCUCCAAAAAAUCUCUGAAGAAUACAAUGUUGCUGUUUUUGUGACCAAUCAAAUGACUGCUGAUCCAGGAGCAACUAUGACUUUCCAGGCAGACCCCAAAAAACCCAUUGGAGGACACAUCCUGGCUCAUGCUUCCACAACAAGAAUAAGCUUGCGGAAAGGGAGAGGAGAACUGAGAAUUGCCAAGAUUUAUGACAGCCCAGAGAUGCCUGAAAAUGAAGCCACCUUCGCAAUAACUGCUGGAGGAAUUGGGGAUGCCAAGGAGUAG